AUGCAGGGUAGGGAGCAUAGCAAGGAAAUACUGGACCAAUCAAAGACCAAAAGUCAGCUGGGCAAACUCCAAACUGCAUCUCUAUGUCUGAUGUCAGAACACUUUGCAAUUCUCCAACUCCUUUCAGCCUUGUUGAUUGCAACACACUUCUUUCUCUUGAACUGGUUCUACUCCCCAUCAACAGCCCUUAUUGACAGUCCAUAUCCAUCCACUGAAAGAGACUCAUCUGCUCACACUCAUCAAUGCACCCUCACAGUGGCAAUGCAGGUUCUAGAAGGCAAGCGAAACAAGCACUUCACCACACACACUGCCCAGGCUUCAAGAGGGACAAAAACGUUUGCUUUGAUUUUUCUCUUCUUUUUCCUGAACAUUCCACUUGAGUCCAGGUUCACUCAACCCUGGUGCUUUUGGAGAAUGAAUGAGAAUAAAGAAACAGAUGAAGAUUUGAUGACAGGUUGUGUCUUCUUCCUUAUGACAGAGCAGUGGCCUGUGGAGAUAGAUUAUGUCAACCACAUUCUGAAUAUACAAACAACAACUAAAAACUUCCAGUUUAUACUGGCCUUAGCUUUUUCCAUGGAUGAAGUCAACAGGAACCCUGAUCUUCUACCAAAUUCAUCACUUGUAUUUGAAUGUCCAGAGGGUGGUUGUGCAACUGGGACAAAAUUAUAUAGUCACUUUCACUUGUCUGAAAAAGUUCGUGAUUUGCCCCCUAAUUAUAUCUGUUAUGAACAGACUAUGUGUCUCGUGGUGCUUACAGGACCAAAUUUGGCAACAUCUGUGAUGGUUGGGACUAUGUUCAACCCCAUCGUACCUCAACAGGUCCUGCAGAUUACCUAUGGACCUUUCCAUCCCAUCCUGAGCAAUUGUGAACAAUUUCCCUUUCUGUAUCAGAUGGCUGCCAAGGACACAUCUUUAGCCCUGGCCAUGAUAUCUUUGAUGCUUUACUUCAACUGGAACUGGAUUGGACUGGCCAUCUCAGACAAUGAUCAGGGUACUCAAUUUCUCACACAAUUAAGAGGAGAGAUGGAAAAAAUUACAGUCUGCUUUGCUUUUGUGAGUGGGAUCCCAGUCGAGAUGCAUUUAUUCUUGACAAGAGUUGAAGUUUUAAACCAAAUAGUGACAUCAUCCACAAAUGUGGUUAUCAUUUAUGGAGACCCAGAGAGUUCUCUAGCUGUGGCCUUUAGAAGGUGGCGAUCUCUAGGUUUACAGAGAAUAUGGGUCACCACCUCACAGUGGGAUGGCACUACAACUAAGAAUGACAUCCCACGUAAUUCAUUCAAUGGGAAAAUAACCUUUGCACAUUAUCAUGCUGAGGUUUCUCAUUUUAAAACAUUUGUCCAGACACUGAACCCUCUCAAAUACACAGAAGAAUUCCUGGCCAGGCUGGAGUGGAUGAACUUCAACUGCAAAGUCUCAGCUUCUAUGUGUCAGACCCUGAAGAACUGCUUAUCCAAUGCCUCAUUGCAAUGGCUAAAAGCACAAACUUUUGACAUGGCCUUUAGUGAUGAGAGUUAUGACAUAUAUAAUGCGGUGUAUGCUGUGGCCCAUGGCCUCCAGGAAAUGCUUCUUCAGCAUGUAUAUAAUCAACCCAUGGAUAAUGGAAAAGGACAUUUUGCUCACUGCUUGAAACUGCACUCCUUUCUGAGGAAAACACACUUCACUAAUCCAGUUGGAGACAGAAUGAUUAUGAACCAGAAAGAAAAUCUUCAGGAAGAGUAUGACAUUUUUCAUAUUUGGAAUUUCCCAUAUGGUCUUGGACUUAAGGUGAAAAUAGGCGAGUUUAGCUCAUAUUUUCCAUAUGAUCAACAGCUGCAUAUAUAUGAAGACAUGAUAGAGCAUGCAACAGGAAGUAGACAGAUACUGCCCUCUGUGUGCAGUGCUGAUUGUGGUCCUGGAUUCAGAAAAUUCUGGCAGGAGGGAAUGGCAGCCUGCUGUUUUGAUUGCAGCCCCUGCCCACAAAAUGAAGUUUCUAAUGAGACAAUGUUCAAAAUAUGGAACAUAUACGGCUCAUUUACUCUGGCUGUUUCCACUGUGUUGGCCAAAACAGUGACUGUGCUGCUUGCUUUCAAAGUCACAACUCCUGGAACAAGGAUGAGGUAUUUUCUGAUUUCUGGUGUUCCCAACUAUAUCAUUGCCAUCUGUGUGCUCAUCCAAAUUAUUCUCUGUACAAUCUGGCUGCAAUUUUAUCCUCCUUUUAUUGACAGAGAUGUGCACUCUGAGCAUGGCCAAAUCAUCAUUGUAUGCAACAAGGGCUCAGUUACUGCAUUCUACUGUGUCCUGGGAUACCAUGGCUCCCUUGCAUUAGGGAGCUUCAUUGUUGCUUUCUUAGCCAGGAAUCUCCCUGACACAUUCAAUGAAGCCAAGUUGCUGACCUUCAGCAUGCUGUUUUGCGGUAUCUGGAUCACCUUCCUUCCUGUCUACCACAGCACCAAGGGCAAGAUAAUGGUGGCUGUGGAGGUCUUGUCCAUCUUGGCUUCCAGUGCAGGCCUACUGGGAUGCAUUUUUAUCCCCAAGUGCUACAUAAUUUUGUUAAGACCAGAGAGAAAUUCUCUUCAAAAGAUAAGGGAGAAAACAUUUUCCUGA